AUGGACUUCACAGCCAAGAUGGAAAUUAGCGUCAGCCACCAGCAGCAGCUGCUGCCGCCCGCGUGCUUCUUCUCCUCCGCGGCGGUGCAGAGCGUCCAGCUGAGCCCGAGCGGCAGCAGCCAGGGCAGCGGCACGUCGGGCUCCAAGCAGCCCAAGCGGCAGCGCUCCUCCUCCCCGGAGCUGCUGCGCUGCAAGCGCCGGCUGAACUUCGCCGGCUUCGGCUACAGCCUCCCGCCGCAGCAGCCGCACGCGGUGGCCCGCAGGAACGAGAGGGAGCGCAACCGGGUGAAGCUGGUCAACAACGGCUUCGCCACCUUGCGCGAGCACGUGCCCAACGGCGCCGCCAACAAGAAGAUGAGCAAAGUGGAGACGCUGCGCUCGGCCGUGGAGUACAUACGCGCCCUGCAGCAGCUGCUGGACGAACACGACGCGGUGAGCGCGGUGUUCCAGUCCGGCGUCCUGUCGCCCAGCAUGUCGCAGGGAUACUCCGCGGACAUGAACUCCAUGGCCGGCUCCCCGGUGUCCUCGUACUCGUCCGACGAGGGCUCCUACGACCCCCUCAGCCCGGAGGAGCAGGAGCUGCUGGACUUCACCAACUGGUUCUGA